UUUAUCACCGGAGACUCGAACCUGGAAAGAGAUGUUUGGGGCCAGUGGAGGUGAAUUCCUGGAGGAAUUCGGAGUUAUAGUAGGUUUGAUAAGCGUUCAAGCCAUCUACGGAUUCUAUGCAGUGUUCACGAGCCAUCUAUUAUCUAUUGGGAUCGGUCCUCUCUUUCUCAUCAUCUAUGGAGGCGUUACCACCUUCUUCAUCCUCCUCCCUCUCUCUAUUUCUUUUGAAAGGAAGAACUGGCCCAAGAAAUUAACUCUAAAGUUAAUAACACAAUUGUUGUUGGUUUCCUUUGGAGGGGUACUUUUCCAAGCUCUGAUGCUCAUGGGGAUUAAGAAGACCUCUCCUUCAGUGGCUUCUGCCAUGCCUAACCUUGCUCCAGGGUUUAUCUUCCUCAUUGCUUGGUCACUCGGUUUAGAGAAAGUAAAGGCCAACUGCAUCUAUAGUAAAGCCAAGAUAGUAGGGACAUUUGGUUGUAUCAUUGGAGCCGUAGUCUUGAGCUUCUUUCACAACCCUCACACUAAAGAAGCACCCCUGAUACUUGCAACUGUAGACAAAGGCAAGAUCAUUGGCUGUUUGUAUCUCAUUGGUGCAGUUUUUGUUCUGUCAUGUAAUGUUGUUUUGCAGGCUCAUGUCAUGAUCGAUUUCCCUGCACCCAUGUCCUUGUGUGCUAUAACGGCCCUGAUUGGUGCUAUUAUUAGUGGAAUAGUGAUGUUGAUUCAACAACAUAGGUUGGAUUUUGGUUUGCCACUCGUGGAUGUUCGAAUCCUUAUUGGGGCUGCCCUUAUGGGAGGGAUUGUGGGUGGAGCCUCCACAAGCUUCAGUACGUGGGCAAUGAAAAAAAGGGGACCUGUCUUUGUCUCCAUGUUUAGCCCCAUUGGAACUGUGUUCUCUGUUAUAAUCGCUUGGCUCACAAUAGGAGAUUCCAUUACCAUAGGAAGCCUAUUGGGAAUGCUACUUAUGUUCAGUAGCCUCUAUUUGUGCUUAUGGGCUAAGAAGAAUGAAGAUCACAUCUCCAUGGACAAAGAUAAUGAGGCAACAAAAGCUUCUGACCCAGAGAAGCCUCUUUUAAGUUAAAAGUCCGUUACUUCAUCCUUUGCUUUGUAUCAUAUUUGAUUUAAAAUCUUUCUCCACCUAAAGAAGCCC